AUGUUGGGCCAAGUAAAAAAUGUGUUUCAGCGGUUGUAUGAUGAGUAUGCAUUAGUUUUUGGAAAUUCUAGUGAGGUACAGUCGCGAAAUGCCUCUAAUCCUCCUUUAUGUGACCCUAGUUCUUCAAGUGUGAGUGUUGUAGAUAUUAGUCAGACCUUUUGGCGCAUAUAUGCUCUGUUUGAAUCAAGUAGUGCUCAGUUGGAGACUAAAUCCGAGGUUGACCAGUAUUUGAGUGAUGAUUGUGAGGCCAAAAAUCCAGAAUGUGACAUUCUUAACUGGUGGAAACUGAAUUCGGUAAACUACCCAUCAUUUCUCAUGUUGCAAAAGAUGUGUUAG